AUGCGCGUGAUGGAGCUCAUGAACGAUUUCCGGACGCUUCAAUUACACAUCACGUCGCUGAUCACACGAAGCGAGGCCAACCCUCCAGACCAGCAAUCAUACUACCUCGACGGCUACGUGGUCUUGAGACAGUGUGCGGCCGAGUCGCAAGCUGUCCUAGCCGGUCACUUCAACCCCGGCAGCCUUGGAAUCCAGGCCGGCAACGUCCCCGAAACUGAGGUCCAGAAAGCGACAUUGCAAAGAAUCAUCCUGGAUGCCUCUACGAGAAGGUUUCAGGCACACAAAACCUACCUACGAGCAUCCGCGGCGAUGCGCUGGGUGCAGAUGCGUGCGCAAGUAUUGAGAGGCGAGAAGCCAGCAGCAAAGCACGCCAAUGCUCUACGGGCCGUCGAUCAACGACUUCGUCAGGAACUCGACGAAGUCACCGAUGAACACGUCGUCAGGGACCUUCGCAACGCAGACCGGCGAAAGGGCUACUGGGUCGAUGAGGACCCAACCCUGGAGCGCAUGCUUGGAUGGAUCCGAAUGCAGAGGUGA